UUUGCAUUUGCUAGAAGUAUUCUUGCUGAAGGAUUCAACAUAGGAUCAAGGUCAUUGCAAAAAAAAAGUCAAGAUGCCAGAUGUUGCUGGUCACUUGCCCUUUUACUAUGGCAGUAUAUCUCGUGCUGAUGCAGAAGAAUACCUCAAACUAGGUGGAAUGAUGGAUGGUCUUUUCUUGCUGAGGCAAUGCCUACGGACUCUAGGUGGCUAUGUCCUUUCUAUGGUGUACAACGUGCACUUUCACCAUUACCCUGUGGAAAGACAACUGAAUGGCACUUAUGCUAUAGCAGGAGGAAAAGCUCACUGUGGCCCAGCUGAACUAUGUGAAUACUACUCUAAAGAUGCCGAUGGACUGAGCUGUACUUUGCGGCGGCCAUGUAACCGGCCGGUUGGUGUGGAGUGCCAGGCAGGAGUGUUUGAUAAUAUGCGGGAUAACAUGAUGAGAGAAUAUGUAAGGCAGACGUGGAAACUGGAGGGGGAUGCUCUGGAACAGGCAAUAAUUAGCCAGGCCCCCCAAGUAGAAAAGCUCAUAGCUACUACUGCCCAUGAGAGGAUGGCUUGGUACCAUGGAUCUAUUAGCAGAGAUGAAGCAGAACGCAAGCUGUACUCAGGAGCCCAACCUGAUGGCAAAUUUCUCAUGAGGGAGAGGAAGGAAAACGGGACCUAUGCUCUUUCUGUUAUGUAUGGCAAAACUGUUUAUCAUUAUAAAAUAGAUCAAGACAAAUCUGGAAAAUAUUCAAUCCCUGAGGGCACAAAGUUUGACACCCUAUGGCAACUUGUGGAGUACCUGAAACUUAAGUCAGAUGGAAUUUUAGCUGUCUUAAAGGAAUCAUGUGCUAAUGCCAGCACAUUUUCAAUAGCACCAGCUGCCGCUCCACCAUCCCUUCCUAAAGUUAGGCCGGUGGCAUCCAACUCCGACGGUUACACCCCUGAACCUUUCCUUGGGAAGUCUCGAAUUUUGCCAAUGGACACCAGUGUGUACGAAAGUCCUUACAGUGACCCAGAAGAGUUAAAGGAAAGAAAGCUGUUUGUGAAAAGAGAACUCCUUCUCAUAGAUGAAGUGGAGUUAGGCUCUGGAAACUUUGGAUGUGUGAAGAAGGGUGUAUAUAAGCUUAAGAAGCGUCAGAUUGAUGUAGCUAUAAAGGUGCUGAAAGUACAAGAAGAAAAAAACGUCAGAGAUGAAAUGAUGAAAGAAGCUGAAUUUAUGCACCAACUGGACAACCCUUACAUUGUGAGGAUGAUAGGAGUGUGCGAGGCAGAGAACCUUAUGCUAGUAAUGGAAAUGGCAUCAGGGGGGCCCCUAAACAAGUUCCUGGGAGCUAAGAAGGAUACAAUAACUGUUAGUAAUGUAGUAGAGCUCAUGCACCAGGUGUCCAUGGGAAUGAAAUACCUUGAAGGAAAGAAUUUUGUGCAUCGUGACCUUGCGGCUCGGAAUGUCCUCAUGGUCAACCAACAUUAUGCCAAAAUCAGUGACUUUGGACUCUCAAAAGCUCUGGCAGCUGAUGAUAGCUAUUACAAGGCAAAGUCCUUUGGAAAAUGGCCACUGAAGUGGUAUGCACCAGAGUGCAUCAACUACCGCAAGUUUUCAAGUCGUAGUGAUGUGUGGAGCUAUGGCAUAACCAUGUGGGAAGCUUUCAGCUAUGGGCAAAAGCCCUACAAGAAACUCAAGGGAACAGAAGUCAUGAGUUUCAUUGAGAGAAAUGAGCGUCUGGCUUGCCCUGCAAGCUGCCCGCCAGAGAUGUAUCAACUUAUGUUGGAUUGCUGGAUAUUCAAGAUGGAGGACCGCCCUAAUUUUGAGAAUGUGGAAUACCGUAUGCGCAUGUAUUACUACAGCAUUGCUGACAAACCAGACAAAGAAAGCAAAGAAGGCAAAGAAGGCAAAGAAGCAGAAGCAGGAGCAGCAGCAGAAGCACCAGGAAAAGAGUGAAGGAGUAAUGGUUGUUUGUGUGUUUUUGUCCAUUUGUCACUGAAGAAUAGUUUUGGAGAACUUGUGGAACAAUAGAAACUGCUAUUUUGUGUGUGACGGGGGUAUUUUUCCUCUUAGGAACUAAAGUUAAAAGUAUUGGCAAGAAAACUGGGCAGGGACAUAACUAGAUUUUACUGGGCCCCACAGCAAUUUAAUGUUAGGUCCCCCAACAUAUCCAGAGGUUGUCCUGUUUUACCAAUUUUUGUUGAAAUUACUCUUUAUUUGGGCCUCGUGGAACCCCUAUUCCUCCUGGGCCUACCUGCAACUGCAGCGUCUGCUUCCUCUGUAGUUACACCAGUGAAACUGAGGGCCUUAAGCAAAUACAGGAAUUAUGCAUUUCUAGAUGUUAAACUUGACACAGAAAAAGUCUUGAAAUAAUGAACCCUAUACAUAGGGCUUAUUGCAAGAAUCCCAAGAUCCAGGAACCCUAUAGCACAGAGGGUCUGUGCCCUCAGAUUUGCUGUUGAGGCUCCUGACUUUUAGGGGCCAAUUUAUUAAACCUCAAAUUUAUCUGGUCGAGUUUUUAAAGGGGAAAAUUAGAAUUCUUUGAGAAAAAAAAAUUUGAUUUUUAGAGAUUUAUUUUACCUCAAAGCUGCUAAAAAUCCAAAUCCGAUAAUAUUCCAUCUCAAACCUGUCGAGGUCAUGUGGAAGUCAAAGGCAGAUGUCCCUGAUGUUGUUUCUUGACAUUGUGAUCUGUGCUGGAUAAUCCAAUGAAGUCAGGGUUUUCGUCCAAUAAUCCGAUAAAGUCGACUUUUCGCAGUGACAAUUCAAUAAAGUCGAGUUCUUGGAGCAUCAACCAUAUGAUUCGAAUUGAGGCUCAAUUUUGAAGCAACUUUUUUUUAUAUAAAGAAUUAUUGAUAAUUGAGUUUGGUCGACUUUGUUUUAAUAAAAAAACUGAGAUAAAUUAGAAUUUUA